UUUUAAGCUUCAUUCGAUAUUCUAAUUUGGUCUUUCCUGUAUGCUGUUUUUUAUGAAGGGUAUUCUAUCCAACACAGCUAAAUUUGUAACAAUUGUGACUUACAGUCACUCCUGCACAUUUAGAUUUUCCGAUUAUGAACACAUAGGGCACCACUAAGAGUAACAGGAUUUUUUUUAACUGUAGUAUUCAAUGUCAUUCUUAGACAUCCGUGCAAGAACUGCAUUUAGACCAUUAGGAACAAAUUUAUCGUUUAAUUUUGGCCAUUCUUCAAAAAGACUAUGCCCAGUUAAACCUACUAUUCGUAACUACGCCACACCACCUAUAAAAUACCGUUUUCCUUCGUCAGCUGGAGAUGGAUAUCAGCGAUUUAAAAGCAGUGCAAACCAAUCUUUUUACAUGUCUAAACGGUUAUGGAUAUUCACUGCUACAGGUGUUGUUAUUUACGGCGGAUACUAUGUGACUCAUUUAGAAAAAGUGCCAAUUAGUGGCAGAGUGAGAUUCAUGAGCAUAACUCCAAAACAGGAAGAAGCGAUGGCUGUUAUGGCAUACAAUGAUGUGAUGCGGCAGUUUCAUAAUCGUAUCUUGCCUCCAAAUCAUCCAUAUACUUUAUUUGUUAAACGCGUUGCUAAAAGACUAGUUCAAGUAUCAGGCAUGGAGGACUUGAAGUGGGAAUUUUACGUUAUAGACUCUCCUGAAAGAAAUGCCUUUGUGCUUCCAGGUGGCAAAGUGUUUGUGUUUACAGGCAUUUUACCAAUUGUCAAAAAUGAAGAUGGAAUGGCAGCUGUUCUAGGUCAUGAAAUAGCGCAUCAGCUUGCUCGUCAUAGCGCUGAAAAAGUCAGCGUCACCAAGAUUAUUUUCGUGAUGAUGCUUACUCUACAGUUAUUUGGAAUAGACACAUCGUUCUUAUUUAACCAAUUCACUCUGAACUACUUAAUGAUGAGCCCGUUCUCUCGUAAAUGCGAGACAGAAGCCGAUGUGAUAGGAUUACAGCUUAUGGCACAGGCAUGCUUUGAGCCUAGAGAAUCACUAGAAGUGUGGAGACGAAUGUCAGCAAUUGACAAGAAUGAGCCUCCUCAAUUUUUGAGUACCCAUCCCAGCCAUAAAAAUCGUGUUGAACGUCUUGCACAAGAGAUGCCUAAUGCGUUACAAAAGCGCGAAGAUGGUGAUUGCUCAAGCGAGAUGCGGGUAUUUGCUGAUAUGUUUAGAGAUGCGCGUGUACGCUGGUAAUUCGAUACAUUCAAGUCGUAAAUAAACAAUGUAUUUUACAGAUACUGUACUUGUGGGUCUUAUCUUUGCGUACAUAGUUUAUGUAGACAUAAAAAAAUACUUGAU